UCAAUUACGGUAUAAUUUUCGCCAAUUAUCGAUUCCUGUUGCGCCUAAAAUUUUUCUCCUGCCCAAAUGAUGGAUAACACUCACAACUUGUCGGAAUCAAUGACGAGAGUGAGACCAAAAUUAGUAGUUAAAAGUUAAAAAUAAGGCAAUCUGCUGAGAACUGAAGCAUCUGCAAAUAAAUAAUUGAUUUACCUUUCCGUGGAGAGCGUCAAACAAUUGAAUUGAAAACAUUUAUUAUUAAUUGAGUGAAAAAAAAAAAUGAUAUCGACAAAUGAGGUUGUAAGUAAGGAUGCCAAUCAUCAUGAUAAUAGUAGUAAUAUUCGUCCUGCGAGCACCGUCAACAAUAGUUUCCGCAAUCAAAAGAUGAUAAAGCAAUUCGCUCAGACGCUCAUUUUCAUCGUUUUGAUCUUUGUCGCGAGUUUUUUCCGAGAUGUCAUCAAACAGGAGAAGAUUCGCAAGAAGGAACGGGCGGAAAUGGCGUCGCAAAUUGCGCACCAAAACUAUUUGCUCGAGCAGGAACGUUUUCUCGUGAAGCAUCGCGAAUUUCUCUCGACUUUCCUGCAAUACGAACAUCAUUGUAACAAAAUUCACGCACUCUUGUACAAGAACCCAUGCGGUUUGACAAAGGUAAACGAUUUCAAAUUUAAUUGCAAAAACUGCAAAGGAUCGUCACGCAGUCCGAAAGUUCGUAUUCAGAUGGGCGAUAGAACGCCUCUCGAUUUUGCACUCAUUUAUGUGUUUCUUGCGAGUUUGUUGUUUCUCCUUGUUCGUGCCAUAAUCGACGUAUCGAAGGAGUUUAAUGCACCUUCGCAGGAUUCCGAUGAAAAGACGUCUUCGUUACAUGAUUAUGCAACACGACGUGUUAGCAAUGCGAGUAAUUCUGCGACACCCCAAAAGAAACGCGAUUCAAAAGUUUUACAACCACGCGUCUCUAUUACUACAACUUCUUCUGAUCAACAGGGAUCAACAUCAGCAGAGGGAAAUAACGAAUGUACAACAGGCAUCGCAUUAAAUGAGACUUCAUGUGUUUCGAGCAAAUUUGAUAGGAGAUCCUCAGUUCCUGCAACGAUGGGACACAAUCAAUAUCUUCUAAAAGAUACAAUCGAUUUUCGACGACAAUCCUUUGAAGCAUUAAACGAAGAAGACGAGAAUUGUAGUCCAGAGACGAAAAAACAUCGGCUUAUUCGACGAUAAAAGGCAAUUUAGUAAAAUUUAGAUGAUAGUAGGUGAGAAUAAAUAUAUUGUAGUCCUGUUUUCAAUGUUGAACAUAGAUGUUGAUAUAUAAUUGGAAUAAA